GAUGAUAUCAAUAGGUAAACCGUGUGUGGUGGUGUUGCUUCUGUUCUCAUCAGCGACGAUCGCCACUCCAGCCAGCGUACGAGAUGAGAGAGUCAAUGAUGGCUCAGAGGGACCUGAGGUAACAGUCAUCAGUGCAAGUUCAGAAGCAGACAGUCAAAUGGCAAAGAGUACAAAUGGUGAUUUUCGAGAUCCUGAGGUGCUGGUAGUGAUGGCCAAAGAAUGGAGUGAAGACUGUAGAAGUGGCGGGGAAGGUCUUCAAUUUUGUUCCCAAGACAGAGGCGUCUCCAAGGCGCAGGGGUGGCAGGAAGGUGGUGACGAUCCUGGGGGUCGUGUCAAGCCAAUACAGAUAAACGGUAGGAUGUUGGUUACAGAGAGCUGGCAGCCUCAGCAGGAACUGGUCCAAGCAAGGCCUUUGAGAGUGAAGAUGGCAGAAGAAGUAAGAGAGGGUAAAGAAGGAAAAGAAGGCAAGGAAAUGACAGGGGAAGAAUAUGAAGAAGGACAAAGAGGAGGAGAAGAUGAAGAUGAGGAAGAUAAGGGAUAUGAAACAGGAGAAAUAGGGGGAGGAGGAGAAGAGGAGGAAGUUAAAGGAUAUGAAGAAGGAGAAAAAGGAGGAGGAGGAGGGGAAGAAGAUGAAGAAGUUGGACAAUAUGAAGAAAGAGAAAGACAAGGAGACAAAGAAGAGAAAGAUACCAAUAAUCAUAACUCUAAAUAUGAUGACUAUAAUGGCAAUUAUGAUAAAGUUGAAGAAGCAGAAGCAAAAAAGAAAGGAGAAGAUAUGAAUGAAGAGAAAAUAGCGGUAACUAACAGCGAUUUAGCGGAAGACAGAACAAAUAAUCCACAAAAAAACGAUGGCAUGGAUGAACGAGAAGAUGAAGAUGAUGAUGAUGAUGAUGAUGAAAUUACAAAUGAAGGUGAGCAAUAUGAAGAAAGGAAUCAAAAGAAACCAGAGGAGGAAGCCGAGAUGACAAUGGAGGAGGCGUGGAAGCAUAUGAAACAUGAAGCCGACCCCAUCGAAGAGAUUAACUCAGAAUUGGUGGAGUACAAACUACAGAAUAUUAUGGAUUAUUAUAACCCAGCACUGCAGAAAGGCCGUAAUGAACAGGAGCAGACUUCAAGCAUGAGCCUAUGGCAGUAUAUGGUCAACUAUGUCACUAAUGGCUGGGACAACACCCCACCUGAGGAGAAUGUGGUUGUUGAUCAGACUAAGGAGCAUAAUCCUUGCAAAGGUGUCCCAGGCGACUACAACAUCUGGACCAAGACUGCACAGCCAAUGGAAGUGGUGGUGGUAGGUGGAGGUGUGGCUGGUCUGGCAGCUUUGAAGACCCUCAAUGAUCUGAAGGUCAAAAACAUUGUCCUUUUGGAGGCAACCAACCGUCUGGGUGGACGAGUCAAGACUAUCAGACACUCUAGCUGGGUCGUGAAUGAGGGACCUGAUGCUAUCCAGGAGGUGAGGCUAACCCUUUAUACCAGAUAGCCCAGGAGGUGGGGGCCCUGGGA